ACUAGUCUUGGCCAUGCGCAAUUGAGUCAAGUAAGCGAUGCCGCGUUUCUUAGGUAAACAGCGGAAUUAGUUCCUAGACCUUUUGUGUCCUCAUAGAUAGUUCACCCCCCCCCGCAAAGAGAUGAACCACAUAGCCAAGUCUCCGCCGCCAAUCACCAUAACUCCCCCUCUACAAGUCCACGCCUUUUGAACACAGGCUCCGGUUCACUUCAUAAAGUGUAUCUCACUAUGGCCUUCCCUAACAGCUUGUUAAGCCAAUCAACAUGGCGUCAAGUAGGCUUAUGCCUCACGACUACGGUCUUUGCCCUCGGAGCCCUGGCUCUUGUUUCACCAACGGCCGCUGGAAAUUCACUCGGAGUCGUUCCUACUACCCCCGAAGGCCAUGAGAUCAAUGAGAAAUCAAUGAUUUUCCUCGGUAUCCGCGACAUAGCCGUUGCCUCGACAUUAUUCUGGUUCUACUCCGAAGAGAAAACUAAAGAGAUGGGUGUCUUACUCUCUUCUUGGGUUCUGGUCUGUGUUACAGACACGUGGGUAGCAACGAAGGGUCCAGGCGGGUGGGACAAGGGUAUUGGCACACUUUGUGCAGGUGCUGCUGUCACUGCUUUUAUUGGAUUAGGACUGUUUCAAACGCAAUAGUGUGUUGUUGCCGACAAAGCAUUCGCGCGAUGCUCGCGUAGUGACAUGUCGCAAGACUACACGAGACUUUUUGCUAUCCUUUGCUUCUAAAUCUUAUUCAGAAGCAUUGCUUUAGUCUACAUUCCCAAUUUCUGGUUUGCAGGUCUGGGAAUCAUCUCCAAUCUUAUCGUCAUGCCCGCAGUGCCUCUCUACGCGUACUAUCUUUAAAGGCGCCAGCGACUGAGUUAGCUAUGGUGGACCCAAGUUGAGAUGGGAACGAUUUUGUACUUUGAUCGAGCAGAAAUUGUGUCAGGCACUAUCACGAACAUGAACUCGGCUACCUUGUCCGUGUCCGUACGCGUGAUGCACGCCGAACAGCAAAUACUCUAAACUCACCACUACAUAAUUCCACCGCAUUAAGCCCGAUCGAAACAGAAACGCUAGAUUCCAAAGAGAAUUUCCUGUACUCUGAUGUAGCUUAAGAAUUUAGUGUGA